GCCGCCCCGGCUGCAUGCCCGCCGCGGUAUCGGCACGGCUGGAUUCGCUGGAGUCCUGGGCCUUUCACGCGCUGCUGGUGCUGCCCUAUAUGUUCUACGUGGGCUUGUUCUUCGUCAACGUGCUGAUCUUGUACUACGCCUUCCUGAUGGAGUACAUCGUCCUCAACGUGGGCAUCGUCUUCCUGCCCGAGGACAUGGACCAGGCGCUGGUGGACCUGGGGGUGCUCUCCGACCCCGGCUCGGCGCUGUACGAGACCGACGGCGAGCUGGACGUAUUUGACACCUACUUGGAGUGACGCCGUACCGGCGCGGCGCCGGGAUGCCCGCGCCGCCUCUC